AUGGGGAUGCUGCGGCAAGCGGCCCUACUUGCACUCUUCCUGCUCCUCAGGGGUCACCAGGGUCACGACUGCCCAGAUUCUACUGAAGAAGUGGCUGCUGUCUCAGGAAAGCCUCUCUGGCUGCGGCCUUCCAACAUACAGACCAAAAAUGUGUCCACCAUUCAGUGGAAGCUGACACUGCAGAACUCAACUGGAAAAAUUGAGAUCCUGAAACAUAACAAAAACCAAAAUACUAGUUUCAAAAGUAUAAAAUAUGAUUUUAACUCCUCCAAUUUUGCUCUUGGCAUCAAGUCAGCUAAGCUGGAAGACAGUGGUUUUUAUAAGCUGGAGAUUACCGACUGUAGUGGAAGAAUUUGCACUAAGAAAUUCUGGAUUCUUAUAUUUGAUCGUGUUGAGAACCCUGACUUACAGGGCGAGUGGAAGACCCAGGCUGAUGGGAUGUGUCAACUGUCUCUGUACUGCUCUGUGUCCAAGGAUGACAAUGUGAGCUUUGCUUUGUACAGAGGGAGCAAGCUGAUCUCAACACAAAGGAACUUUACCUACCUGGAGAACCAGACUGACACCAGCAGCCUGCACACAUAUACUUGCAAUGUUAGCAACAAAGCCAGCUGGGCAAGCGACACACGGAACUUCACCCAGGGCUGUCAGAGUGUCCCUGAAAAAUUCGCAUUUCUGCCCCUUGUGGUGAUCAUCGUUAUUCUGGUCCUACUAUUUCUCUGUGCCGUCACUUGCUUCUGCAUACGGAAUAAGAAGAGGAAGCAGUCACAGUCUGAUCCUAAGGAAUUUUUAACAGUAUAUGAAGAUGUCAAGAACCCACAAGUCAGGAGGAAUCAAAUAGAACAUUCUGGGGACUCAGAAUCUCUUUCAGCUGUCCAGGAAAAUGGAAGGGAACAAAGAGAAGUGAACGGGUGUCUUUUUGAGGAGCAGACACUGGAGCAGAAACCCCCUGGAGAUGGAAGCACCAUCUACUCUAUGAUUCAAUACAAGCCUUCUGAUUGCACAUCACAUGAAAAAUGUACACUUUAUUCAGCAAUCCAGCCAUCCAGGAAGUCUGGAUCCAAGAAGAGGAACCAGAACUGUCCCUCAAGUUACACUGUGUAUGAUGAGGUUGGAAGUCAAUGCCUCAACCUCCGCAACCCUGCCAGACUGAGCCGCAGAGAACUAGAGAACUUUGAUGUUUAUUCCUAGUUGUUGCAAGUGUUCUCAUCCUGUGUUACACAUCAGCAUUGACUUUGAAAGGGAGGACAGCAGAAGAUGAUGAUGUCGCAUGAGUCUAUGGAACAGUUCCUGGGCUGAAAGAAUAUAGACGUUUAUUCAUGGUUUAUAUUUUAUCUUCUUCUUUUUAAAAAAAAAUUAGACAAGAUUUGACAUGGCCCAGAAUAACCUGAAUUUGCUAAGGAGCCAAGGAUAAUCUUAAACUUUUGACCUCCUUGCCUACACUUCCCAAAUUCUUGGAUCACAGAGGCAUGUACUACUAUAUAAGGCUUGGAAACAAUUUUUAACUGCUACUGUAAGAUUAAGGUGGUUAAAAAAUCUCUCAAGCUUACAGACCAGACAAGAAUGGGUAGAGAGGUUGUGUUGGUCAUACUCUGAGAGGCUGUAAUCCAU